CACUCACUGAUGCACCUCACACACAUAAGUGAAUUGCGGACAAAUAAAUAACAAAAGUUCGGGAAAAAAGAGUGCAAUUUUAUUUAUUUAUUCAACAAGCUUUUUCAUUGCCCAUAAAAGGUUUUCGUGAUCUCGUGUUGGAAUUAAUAGUUAAGGCACUCGUGGUCUGCAUAAAUAAAAGAAAGCGAACUUGAUACGGACACCUGCCCAGGCGAUACUGACUUUCGUCAGAAUCUACGUCGCCAAAGCACAAAUAGUGGACUUUCAUUCGCGAUGAGCCGGCAUACCUGCCUGGCAGCUGCGGCCUUGCUCGCCGUGCUGUGCGUGGUAGACGCCCAGCGCCGUCUCGCCCUUCCCGACCCCAGGAGUUGCGCUAACAGAGUCCGUCAUUCGACGUACCGCGACGCCCGAGGAGUUCUUCACUCGUACUUCUUCAGUUGGGAGCAUGCGCCUACUCGUAACCUGGAGGUGGAUUGGCUUGACGCGAGGAACAUCUGCCGACGACACUGUAUGGACGCCGUUUCCUUGGAGACGCCUCAGGAAAACGAGUUCAUAAAGCAGAGGAUAGCUCGCGGAAACGUGCGCUACAUCUGGACGUCGGGCCGCAAGUGCAACUUCGCGGGCUGCGACCGUCCGGACCUGCAGCCGCCGAACGUCAACGGCUGGUUCUGGUCAGGCUCCGGCGCCAAGAUCGGACCCACCACGCAGCGCAACACCGGCGACUGGUCCUACACCGGCGGCUACGGACAACCCCAGCCUGACAACCGUGAAGCCGCUCAGGGCAACGACGAGUCGUGCCUGUCCAUCCUGAACAACUUCUACAACGACGGCAUCAAGUGGCACGACGUGGCGUGUCACCACGUGAAGCCGUUCGUGUGCGAGGACAGCGACGAGCUGCUCAACUUCGUGCGCUCGCGCAACCCCGGCCUGCGCCUAUGAGCCCUCUCCGCGCCUCACCCCGCACACUCGCCUUCUAGUUGUUUAGAUGGCUGGCAUUGUACAAAACCAAGUGGCUAUCUAUUUAAGUUAUUUAUUAAUGUAACAAAUUAUUAUUAUCCACUUUUGGUACUUAGAAUUUCUCUAUUUAAUUUCUAUUCGCGAAAAUGUAACGUGAAGUAUUAUUAACUUUAUCUUGUAGAAUAAAUUAAUCCUGAAGCGUCACUACUGUAAAUUACUGUAAACAACAAUUAUCAAAAAUUUAAGGUCAGUCAUCCUUUCAAUCACUGAACUGAGUAUUUUUUUUGUAAAAAGCCUUGUUUGCACAGAAUAGGAUUAACUUAUAAGUAUUAGAAUAAUAAAAAAAUACAUUUAUAAA